AGUGUCAACCCACUACGGCCUAUUGCACCACCACCACGACGACCACCACGGCCACCACCACGACCACCAACUCUGUAGCUCGCUGACGCCUCGCGCUCUCUCCCCACUCUGAGCCACCAUGUUCAUGUUCAACCGUCUCGCGGGGGGCUUCCUCCAAGUGGUCGGGGAGAUGGGAGGGAACAUUGGCCAGGAGUUUUUCCAGAUGAUGGCAGACGCCACCGCUCAAGACUCGUGGCCUCCCAAGGUGCAGGCGCACCUGCAGAGCGAUGAGGACACCCAGUUCCGCCGCGUGUUCAACCAGCUCGCCGGGGAGGACAUGGAGAUCAGCCCUGUGGAGCUGCAGGGAGUCCUGAACAAGGUGGUCACCAAACACCGCGACCUCAAGACGGACGGGUUCAGCGUGGAGUCGUGCCGCAGCAUGGUGGCGCUCAUGGACUCGGACGGCACGGGGAAGCUGGGAUACGAGGAGUUCAAGAUCCUGUGGAACAAGGUCAAGUCCUGGCAGAACAUCUACAAGCAGUACGACGCAGAUCGCAGUGGCUCAAUGUCCUCCUCUGAGCUGGGACCAGCACUGGAAAGUGCAGGCUUCAAGCUGAACGAGCAGCUGCUGCGCGUCGUCACGCUCCGCUACGCGGACGACGAUGGCACCGUCGACUUCGACAACUUCAUCUGCUGCCUCGUGCGCCUGGAGGGCAUGUUCCGCGCCUUCCAAGCCUACAACCGGGACGGGGACGGCACCAUCAAGCUGAACGUGCUCGAGUGGCUGCAGCUGACCAUGUACGCCUGAUCGGCGGGCCUCGUCGGCCAGCGGAGGACGAAAAGGGGGGCAGCAACAUGGCCGCCAGGGUCAUGGCCGCGCUCGGCCGUGGUGCCUGCUCCGUGCUGGGGGUGUUGGGUUGAGGGACGAUGUGUUUUGGGGUGCGCGUGGGGGGGGUGUGUGUGUGUGUGGGUAUGUUAAGCGUGGAAUGAUUCACACCGGCUCAAUCGAUUCCGGUACGUGCGGAAACGUACUUCGAAUUAUUAAUUUACAGCUCCAGUUGUCAAUCCACUGCUGGGUGAAGUCCUCCCUGCGUCGUGUCGGUCACGGGGGCGGGAUGGUUUGACCAUACUUCACCUUGCUGGUGAGGGCGGGGCCCGGCGGGACUAGUUCGGAUAUCACUCGUCCUCCGAUGCUGGCCGUGGCUUCGAGUCAAAUCAAAUCAAAUGAUAAUCGUGUGUUACAGGCCGUCGUACACAAACGAGAAGAGGGAGAGAAAAAAUUAUUAUCGAUUCCUGAAUUGAAAAUCAUUUGAGGCCGAGUCGACCUAGGGGAGGCCCAGAACCGGUGUGCAAGCGAAUCGUGACAAUCCGUGGCGUGGUGGGUGCGGGAGUGGAAAGCUCGACAAUCGGUUUUCUGGACGUGUCGCCAGAUGGCGGAAGCGGCAGCAACAAAUGAGCGACGAGUUCCAAAGAAAAGCUGCUGGGGACCAUCAGUUUUUCUUCCAGUUACGUUCCGUAAAGUAUAAAAUAAACCAUCGGCACCGAGGCUCCAAGCAAGGCCGCACGGGAGGGCGCGUGGCACGGUUUUUGGCGCCGGCUAUUGUAGAGUGGCGGCGGUUGGUGGUGUGGUUAGUGAGGGGGGUGUGAUUUGUGGUCAGCCACUUGAGUGGCUGUGUGGUUAGCGGCGUGUGGUGCUGAGCCACGUGAUGUGGCGAG